AUGAGAUAUUCCGCCCCUACCGUUGAUGACUAUGAAGAGCUAGCUUCUCAAAUCCGAGAAGGCUUUUGCUUUAAUAUGCAUCAUGCAAAGGGACCACAAAUCACACACUGGAUUGGUGUAGAAUUUGAAGAUGGAGAAAUCUCCUAUCAGAGCCUUUGCAAGAAUUGCGCUAAGGCAAACAAAAGGACUGUAGACACGUUCCGAAUUAGGUGUAGAGGCGCAAUGGCUGAAUUGCCAUCCCUCGCUAUCCGAACCGCAUACGUUGACACACUCCCAUCAUCACCCUGCUCGACCCCCUCAUCAUCGCCCACAUCAUCUUCUUCAUCAUCGCCGUUAUUGUCAUCGAGAGAAAUGACAACCCAGUGGCCCAAGAUUGCCAACGUACAAAAUCCCGAGCCCAAGGUUGCUCCGAAACCCGUAGUAGUCGCGCAGUCCAUAGGACAGAAGAUACGCGACGAGCCGAAAGGCAAAGGGAAAGAAACCCUUACAGAAAAUAUCAGGAUGUCGUCAGGUUCCUCUAAACCUAAGAAGUUGACUGGUACUCAGAAACCAGAGAAAGUAGCACCAAUUGAAAUCAAGAAAGAAACCUUCGCGGAAGAAAUCUUGAGAUUAAAAAGAGACUACGGAAUCAAGGACAAGACCACUGAAGCGACUAAAGUAGAAGUCGUGGAAGUGGAGGUCGUUGAAAUAAAAGCAGUAGUCCCUGCUAAACAAAAAGACGAGAAAUCGGAGACAACUGAUGAAACAAACAAAGGACCAGUCGAUUCUGGAUUAUCAAAAUCACAAAUCAAGAGACAGAAACAAAAGGAAGCUAGAUUAGCGAGAGCUUCUUUAGUGAAAGUCUCAGAGCAGAAACCCACUGCCGAAACAAAUAAGGUAAAGGAGCAGAUCCUCCCUGCUUUACCAAAUGAGAAGACGGAGCAUGAAACCGUAGAGGAGGUUGCAAAACCUAUCGAAGAGUCGUUGUCCGACCUAGAUAAAAUAAUCGCAGAAAACAUGCUAAAACGCGCAAUGGAAACAUUAGAGGCGCUAAGAGUUGCUGAACGCCGAAAGGCCGAGGAAGCAGCAGAGAUACUCCGACAGAUCAAGGAGGUCUCAGAGGUUGUUAUGCCACCAACAAUAGAAAAGGCAAUGGAUGUAGUCCGUAGGACAGAAGAAACAUCCAAGGUUGAAAUACCUAUUGAAAUAGAAGGUGCAGUCCGUAGGACAGAAGAGGCACCAGAGAUACCGGUUGAAAGUCCGAGGACCCCAAACAUCUUAUACCGUUCCCCACGACGAAAGUCCGAGCCAUACCCAGAAGGCGAAGACGAAGUCCCAGAGAGCUAUAAAAGAACUGAAGAUAGAGAUCGUCAAGAAGACCAGGAAUGGAAUCACCUGGCAGUAAUAAUCCAUCCCACAAAGAGCAAGAAUGCUUGUGGCGCAAUAGAGGAAGACUGCAGAGAAUUCCUAGUCAACGAUGUAGACCAUUACAUCUUAUUCAACGACAAAGAUUAA